UAACCGUGUUCGAUUGGUGUUGUUACAAGUGAUUUUGGUUUACUCCACUUACGAUGGCGUUCAAGUUGGCAUGCCUGGUUGCCAUCACAACACUGGUGGCGACGUGUUGGGGCUCUGAGGGAGUGCAGUCUCAGGACUACGAGGCGUACCAGCCGUACUACCAAGCUUACCAGGACCAGAGCCAAGGCUACCAGGACUAUGACGCCAGAGAGUCCCAGUCGGCUAAAAGAAGUGUUGAGCCUGCUCCGGCCCCCGCCUACCAUGCAGAUGCUGCUUACGCACCAUACGCGGCAGCCACCUACCCAGUUGCCAACGUAGUCGGCGUACAGCACACAGUUGAAGUCUCGAAACCGGUCCCAGUGCCCGUCUACAAGACGGUGGCCGUUCCGGUUCCCCAACCGGUCCCCGUCCAUGUGCCUCAUCCGGUUCCUGUUCAUGUUCCUCACCCCGUUGCCGUCCACGUUCCCCAACCGGUUCCAGUUCAUGUUCCCGUUGAAGUACCAGUCGUCAAACAUGUGGCCUACCCUGUAGAGAAACCGGUGCCCUACGCCGUCCCAAAACCCUACCCUGUCACCGUUGAGAAGAAGGUGCCCGUAACGGUGUACAAACCAUAUCCGGUUCAUGUCCCCGUUUACAAGAUCAAACAUAUCUACCAUGAGCCCAAAUGGCAUAAGUGGUUCUAGGUUCAAGCAGCGCUUGAAGAAAUUAUGUACCUGAAUAUGAUAGGGGCACCUUCAAUCAAUGAAGAGUUGAUUCACUUGCAGCGGGAUUUCAUGUGCUUCAUGAAGUUGCAAUCGACCAAAGAUAUCUUUCGACUCAUUUUCUAAGAGGAAGAAAGAAACCUGCUCCUACUUAAAAGACUGGCAUCGCUUCGAUGAAUCAAAAUUGAAAGAGAUACUUCAAAUUUGUACAGUGUAUAUACAAUUUAGUUUUAUAAGCCGACUGAAAAUCCAAAGAAAUCGAUCAAAUGGACGUAGCAAUGAUGAAAUGAUCUGUCCGUAAAUGAAUUAAAUCAAGAGGAAGUAUGUAUCACGCAAAGUCUAUUCAUACAGCUCGAUUUUAUUGAAUUCCUUCGCACAUAGUUCUGUUGAGUAUAAAUCCGUCCAAUAAACGAGUACAUGCAAUUAUGUCAGUAAAUCUUUAAAGAUCUAAUUUGAAUUCCUUAGAGCAGCGCCUCCUACUUGCUCAAAUUUUGUUUUAUAAAAAUGGUGGUACUUAGCAGGUAAUGUUUACCAGAGUGCACUGUUUAGAUCUGCUCGAGGUAUUAUGUAUAACGAAUACAUGCGAUUUUCUAAACUUCGAAUUAAAAUGUGCUACUGAGCCUUAAAAAAAUACUUCUCAGUAAAUUUUGAGAUAAAUAAGUUACCGGUAAAACGCAAAAAAGUUUAGUUACCAACAAAAAAAAA